AUGGCAGAGGUUGCCGGUCUCGUCCUCGGGGCUGUGCCUCUCGUAAUUUCAGCCUUGGAGCAUUACGAAGACAUCAUCGAGCCCGCAAAAGCAUUCUUCCAGUGGAAAGGCCAGCUCUCGCAGAUGAUUCGAAAGCUUUACAUGGAGCAUACCCUAUUCGAGAUGAAUCUGGAGUUAUUACUCAGGAGAACAGUAAUAAAUGACGACCUCUUAGAAAUGGUCGCAGAUCCCCAGAAUGAGCUUUGGAAGUCGAAGGAGCUCGUUGCCGACUUGAAAAGGGACCUGGGCAAGGCUUACAAUCCGUCAAUGGAUACUGUCACAGAGAUGGCUUCAAUCAUGGUAGCCAUAGCCGCCAAUCUGAACAUCAAAGGAUUCGAAUUCAAGGAGCGAAUAGCCUUCACAAUGAAACGGCGCGCUGUCAAUGAAAAGUUGGACCAGCUCAAGAGCUGCAACGAGAGACUCGCAGUUUUCCUGGAGAAAGCCGAAAAGAUUCACUCUAGUACUCACGACGGGGACGAAAGUCUGAAGGCACGAAUACAAUUCGUCGCACCCUUACCCAGCAUUCGGGCCAACGCGUCAAGAGUUCACGAGGGCCUCCACAAGAGGUGGUGUGCAGAUCAUGACUGCCACCAGGCAGGGCUGCUUCUUGAGCAACGACUGAUCAGAAAAAAGAGGAGGAACCGCCGUGGUGCGCUCAGUGAUGUGGGGAAAAGGGACCGUUUUGGUGUCUCGCUUUGGCGGGUCACAGUGAUGGCUUGGCUCGAUACCGAAUUCCAGGUUGAUGACGAUGCUGUAGCUAUCUCGAGUUCGCAUAAUACUCCGAAAGUCAAAUUCUCUGUUGCGGAUAUUGCACAUGGCUUAAAUGAAGCUCUAAGGUCCAACGCGGCCGAGAUUCAAGAUAUAUGUAUGGCCAUGGAAGAGGUCUUGCAUCCCAAUGCCGGCUUUGCUAUCGACUCAGCGAAUGUCAUGCGACGGAUGUAUGAUGUGAAGUCUCAGGAAUGCCACCUUAUCGACAACCAUAUGACUCUGAGCCAGUAUCUUCCAACGAUGAAGCGCAAGGAGUAUGUUUUGGCAGACUUCUACUGCUUGGCUAUAACACUUGUUUCAUCUCUUCUGCAACUUGGCGAAACCACAUGGCUUCAUCAAGCUUGGAACGGAGAGAAUAUUGCAUUCAUACGCUCUCAUCAAGAAGACAACUUGACGAUAGAUAUAAAACACCCCUACUUGACAUGCUUAUACACCUCAGAUACACCUGCCUCGGCGGCAGCGCCAUAUGAACCAUCACCGGAUCGCAAGAACAUGCUCGCUCUUGCCGUAAUGCUACUUGAGAUGAACUGCGGGAAGCCAAUUGUAGAUCUCAGACAGCCAGAAGAUUUGGGCCCAAAUGGCGAGGUGAACGUGGGAACCGAUUUAUCUACGGCAAGGAGGUGGCUUGACACGCAGGUGCGGCUCGGAAACCUGUCCAACGGCUUUACGAGUGCAAUAACGUACUGUCUGCAAAGCUACCUUGAUCCCACAGCAUCCCUCGAAGAUAACCAUUUCCUACAAUCUGUUCAGAAUCGCGUGCUGGAGCCUCUUGAGCGGGAGAUGCAACUUUUGUUAUGGGGAGCGAAUGUUUGA